CUCUACCAUGCACUUUGUCCUCUUCAACUCCCAACACCCACCCACUACACAUUCUCUUUACCUCUCUUCCCUCCAUGGCUACCUCCUUCACCUCUCUUAGUUAGCUAUGAAAAUAAAAUAAAACAUCACUUUUUGUUUCUUUUCUCCCUUUCCUCUCUAGAAUAUUCCUUAAACAUAGCUAGCAAUAGCUCCCAUACCUACCUAGCUCUUUCAGAGGUAACUUCAUCACUUUUUCUCUGAUUCUCACUCUGACAAACCCACUACCUAUUCGUCCAUUUUUCCGAGGUGUCCCAAGAGCUAGCUACACCUCUAUGUAGCUUAGUACUUCUCACCCACACACAAAGUCACAAACACAAUAUCCUUAGUCUAUCUAUCUCUUUCACUUACCUUCAACAAAUUAUCAGCACACAACAUCAAAUAUUUCUGACACAAACACACCCCUUAAUCAACAAUGUCCAGCCGAAGAUCUCGUUCGAGGCAAUCUGGUGUUUCCACUGAGAUCACUGACGCUCAGAUUACUGAUCUCAUCUCCAAAUUACAACAACUUAUCCCUGAGCUACGUGCAAGGCGUUCCGACAAGGUUUCAGCUGCUAAGGUGUUGCAGGAGACUUGCAACUACAUCAAAAGCUUGCACAAAGAGGUUGAUGAUUUAAGUGACCGAUUGUCACAACUCUUGGCCACCACAGACUCCAACAGUGCUCAAGCAGCUAUUAUUAGGAGCUUACUUAUGUAAUAGUCUAA